ACCAACAUGGCGAGGGCUGGAGCGAGAACCACGCAUGCCCGGACAGACGAGGGGACAAACCUCCUGUCGUGUCAGCUGGAGGAGGCGCACAUCCUGCAGUACCCGGAUGGAGGGACGACGCGGAGUGGCGGUCAACCGGAAGAAGGUCCAACAGCAACCAGCUGAAAGGGGGCGUAUCGCCACCUACCGGGGUCUGAGACGCCGUCUGGCGGCUAGGAGGUGAACUGGACCAUGUGGACUUCGGACCCGGAUUCCUGUGUGGACUGCCCGGCCGGCGACGAGGAGGACUGUGGGGGUUUCAAGCCGUCAAGUCCUCAACUCACACGUCCUGCGCCGCCAUGGACCACACCAUCCACACCACCCGUCUGCUCUGAGCCCACCCGCGUCCGCAGGACUAACGGCCGCGGGGACUGGAAGGCUGGGGGUCACCGUAGGGUCAAGAGGGCGAGUUGUGGGACCUGCGGCAGCGUUCAGAAGCCCAGCCCGGCCGGCCCGGUCCUGGGAUCAUACGCCACCGGCCUGGGUCAGCUGACAAGGACGGGGGACGGAGGUGGAGGCGGGAGGCGAAGGAGAGCCCGCGGCCCAGCUCAGGAAGUUACAGAGAAGACGUGUUUCUCACAAAAGCGCACGCAGCUGCAGCCUUACUUCCGGCCUCUGUCCCACAUCCUGCUGCGCCUCCGCUCCGGGAGAUACUCUCACCGCCUCAGCAGGUUCCAGGAGAGCCUUGUGAUGGACCGUAUCCAGAGAAUAAUGGGCGUCCUUCAGAAUCCAGACCGGGGAGGACGCCUCCUCGGGACUCUACCGAAAAUAGAGACGAUGCUUCAGUCUUGGUUCCCUCACGUCACCCGGACACAGGACAGAACCCUGGCCCGGAAGCUGCAGCAACGUCCCACCCAGCCCCCGCUCCCUCCCCCCUCUCUCUGCCCCCUCAGCGCCCACCUUGCCCGUUCAACCCGCCUCAGACGGCUUCACGCCUCACCCAUCUGCUGGCUGAAAGGAUGUGAACCCUCAGCGGGCUGGCCCACUGCCUCCUCAGCACCUCCACACCCCGCACCCCGCCACCCUGCCGCUAUCCAGGACAAUAGGGUCUCCUCCAGCACCGACUCCCAGAGGGGCCCCCUCCGCCAACCCCAGCCUAGACGCGGAGCACCACCCAUUCAGAGCCGCUCCCCGUGCCUGGAGACGCUCCUGGGGGCAAAGGAGAGCAUCACAGCCCCUCAGACAGCAGCCAACAGGAGGAGCAGGCAACCAGGCUGGUUGUCCUAAUGGGCAGCUGGUGCUGGAGCCAAGUUUGAUGGAACUACAGCCGGUUGAAAAAAACAAAACAAACGUAGGGUCAGUGGGGGGGGGGGGUGUUGUGAUGAGCUCAGAGACCCCUGGGCCUCAUGGAGCCCAUU